UUUCCCACAAAAUGUGUCAAUAGCUCAGUCCAACUGUGAUUGCAGCUCCAGGUGCUGAACAUAGACAGUUACUAUACAAAUCACACACUGCUGCUAGAAACCUUGUCCUUCAACAAGGUUCUCAAGCAAGUGCCUAACUUUAAGCAUAUGAGUAGUUCUACUAGAGUGAUUGAGGCAUAAAAUUAAGAAUAUGCUUAUAAUGCUUAGAUACAGAUCUCUACUGUUUGAACUAAUGGAAAAGUCCCUUAGCUACUACUAGCAAGUCCCAUAUUCUCUGUCUGAGUCAACUGCUAAAGUGAAACUUGAUUAUAUGCAUAAAUCCAGUACAUUACAAAAGGAUCUAAAUCUUAUUAGGGGCACAUUGGGGGAAGCCCUGCUAAAUGUAAGCUUUCAGCAUUUUAUUGUCUCUUUAGCAUAAAAGGGGGACAUUAAUAUACAAUACCUUCCAGUGUAGGCAUUGGAAUUUUAAGCUGAUGAUGAUAUUUUAAACACUAUUUUAAAGCUGUGAUGUUAGUAUUGCUUUCCUGGAAUUAAUUUGAUUGUUAUUCUUCAUGCCUUAUGCUUUUUAUUGUACUGUCUCCUAUUACUUGUUACCCAUAGACUUUACAUCUGUUUCUUCUAAAUCAGUGAUACAGGACUGAAAAGCUUUCUUUAAUUACAGAAAUAACUUGCUGCCAAAAGAAAAACAACUUUAUAUUGGUGUGAGAGGUUUGCUUCCUGUUAAUGUUAUAUAAGGUUAAAUUUAAUAUUUUGCCUCUCAUUCUUACUGAUUUGUCUCCUAUAUCUGUUUGUCUCAGUGGGCCCAAUCCUGUCACUCCAACUGGUCUUCAGUGGUACUAUUUAUAAGAGUAAGCCUUACUUUUAGGACUAAGUCUUGCUGAAUUGGACCCUUUCUCCAGUCCCAGGAGGAUGGAAAAGGAGGAAAGAAAUAUACCCGAUUGGGUGGGGUUUGCAUAUGGAGAACAACGUGAGAUAUUUUGUUCUCAAGAAAAAAAAAUGGGAGGAGUGCCAGGUUUUUUACUCCACCCUUCAGAUCUGUCCAUUUAAAGGCACUUGUUGUUCCAACACUGCAGUUUCAUCAAAGGCAACAAACAUGGCAAAACAACAGAACAAAUUAGUUGAUGAAAUAGAGAAAGUGCUGGAAAAGUCUAAAGGGUUUUCCCUUAAGGAUCUGCUGUUCUUCUAUCAGGGAACCCCAUACCCUGUCUCUGUAUGCAGUGCAGAGACAUUCCAGGCCCUGGAAAACUUAGAAGCCAGAAGAGAUGAUAUGGUGUUGGUGUCUUACCCCAAAUGCGGUGCAAAUUGGCUUAUCCAGCUCUUAAAUGAUUUGAUAUUUACAACUUCCCAGACUAAACAUAUAAACACGGAGCUGCCGUUUAUUGAAUGUGGAGAUCCAGAAAAAUAUCAGAGGAUGAAACAGUUUCCAUCUCCAAGGAUUUUGGCAACACACCUCCAUUAUGAUAAUCUCCCCAAGUCUAUCUUCAAGAAUAAAGCCAAGAUACUAGUGUUGUUUCGAAAUCCUAAAGAUACAGCUGCAUCGUUUUUUCAUUUCUAUAACAAGGCUUUAGACGUCCCCAGUUAUAACUCCUGGGAUGAGUUCUUCUCAGAGUUCAUGAGUGGAAAAGUCAGCUGGGGUUCCUAUUUUGACCACGCAGUUGCCUGGAACAAACACAUUGAGGAUGAAAAUAUUAUGAUUAUAACAUAUGAAGACCUGAAAGAGAACCUGGCUUCUGGAGUGAAGCAAAUAGCUGAAUUCUUUGGAUUCUCUCCAACGGCAGAGCAGAUUCAGUUUAUUGCAGACAGGGGAAGCUUCCAAGCAAUGAGAGAAAAAUCCCAGGAGAUCUAUGGCUCAGUUGGUCCGAUUCUCUUCCGUAAAGGUGCUGUUGGAGAUUGGAAGAACCUUUUUACUGAAGCUCAAAGCCAGGAAAUGGAUGCUAAAUUUAAAGAGUGUUUAGGGGGAACCAAGCUGGAAGCACAUCUGAAGUAUGAUGUGCACUGCAAGGCCUGAGAAUGGUUACAGAAAAGUCUCACUUUGAUAUGUGCUUUUAAUUUUUUUUUAUAUACUCUAAAAGGAAUACUUUAAAUCAGGAUGAAUAUCUCAGUUGUAAUUUGUAGCUUGUUAGUGUAAGAUUACAUUUCUGCUAAGUUUGGUUCUGUCAUAUCGUCAGCAUACAGGCUUCAGUUAGGUAAAACACUUAAGCACAUGCUUAAUUUUAAGCACCUGCUUAAAUCCUAGUGUAGUCAGUGGGAUUAUUCAUAAAUUAAGCAAGAGCUUAAGUGUUUUGUGGACCAGAGAUAAGAUUACUUGCUUUAAAUUAAAUUAUGCUUACAUGGUUUGCAGAAUUGAAGCUUGAAUGAAGAAGUGUUAUCUAUCCAUGUGUAGGUUGAAAUUUUGAUGUAAGCAAGUUAAGAGAGACAUAAGUGGUGCUGCCCCAAAAUUCAGUUCACUGUUCCUCCUAAAUUGGGAAGUGUUAUGCAAAGACUAUUGAAGGCCAAGAAAUAAUGAAAAGGGAACUAGAGUGGUGAGCGCAAAUUAAUAUAAUAGGUGUAAAUUCUAACAAAGUCAUUUAGUGGGAGCAAGGUACUUGGAAAGCAGUGAUGGAAAAGAGACCAAAGGGUGAUUGUGGGCUGCUAGUGAGACAUGAGUUUGUAAUAUGACAUCGGCAACAAAAAAGCCAAUUCAGUUUGGGGCUGCAAAUCCAAAGGUUUUGUAUCAUGGACCAGGGACGUGACAUGCCUUCGGUGUGUGACCAUGGGGAGAUUGCACCAGGAUUACUCCUGUAAUUUAGGACACCUAGAUACCAGAAAAACUUAGCCAAAGUGGGGAAAAUUCAUGGAAAAGCGACAUAAGUGAUCAGGGAUUUAUAAGGAAUAAAAUAGUGUAACUAUGCACUAUGGAUCGUUGUAUCUCCAUUAUUAUACUAGAACAGAAAGAGUGGAAUUGAUUAGAGUGCUGAAAUAGUUAGGAAUAAUGGGAUGAAAGUGAGGAAAGAAAUGUUUAGAGUGCAUUAUCAGAAAACAUUUCCAGAACCCUAACUGUGGAAGUGUCCCAACAGGUUUCUACAGCUUCUCAUCGCGUGCGUGAUUUUAAAACUAGAUUGGAGAAAGCACUUGAGCUAUAAAGAACAAUUCUACAGAGGCAAUGGGAGGGACUAGACCUGCUAGGCUUUUUCCAUCUCUGAUUUCUAUAGCUCAAGGAGUUAUCAGUCUAUGCUCACUGAUGAAAAUGAGCUAUGUUUCUAAUAUUAUUAAAAUGUACUUUGGGCUAGAUUGUGCAUUUAGACACAUUCCCCUCAAGAGCAGGGCCGGCUUUAAGCCGAUUCGGCCUAUUCCCCAGAAUGGGCCCCCGCGCCUAAGA